GGGAGGUGGGUGCGUGAGGGCCCUCUCAUUCUUCUCUUCUCUUGUUCACAGAGGCUGCCGCUCUCAGCACCAGCAUGUCUUACAGCGUGACGCUGACCGGGCCUGGGCCCUGGGGCUUCCGUCUCCAGGGGGGCAAGGACUUCAACAUGCCGCUCACUAUCUCCCGGAUCACACCGGGCAGCAAGGCCGCCCAGUCCCAGCUCAGCCAGGGUGACCUCGUGGUGGCCAUUGACGGCAUCAACACAGACACCAUGACCCACCUGGAAGCCCAGAACAAGAUCAAGUCUGCCAGCUACAACCUGAGUCUCACGCUGCAGAAGUCGAAGCGCCCCGUCCCCAUCUCCACAACAGCACCCCCGGUCCAGUCCCCUCUACCGGUGAUCCCCCACCAGAAGGACCCUGCUCGGGACACGAACGGCAGCCUGGCGGCGCUCAGCCCCAACCCUGAGGCGAGGGCCAGCCCGGGCACCCCGGGCACCCCGGAGCUCAGGCAGACCUUUAGCUCCUCCUUCUCCCAGACCUCCGUCUUCUCCUCACACACAGAGGCCUCUGACCCCGGCCCUCCAUGGGGCAGCCCACAGGCCAAGGCCAGCCUGGAGGGAGCCCUGGACUCACUCAGCCCGAAAGUCCCACAGGGCUCGAGCCAGCCAAGGCAGUAUAACAACCCCAUUGGCCUGUACUCGGCAGAGACCCUGAGGGAGAUGGCUCAGAUGUAUCAGAUGAGCCUCCGAGGGAAGGCCUCAGGUGCUGGACUCCCAGGAGGCGCCGACUACCAGGAACGGUUCAACCCCAGUGCCUUGAAGGACUCUGCCCUGUCCACCCACAAGCCCAUCGAGGUGAAGGGGCUGGGCGGCAAGGCCACCAUCAUCCAUGCGCAGUACAACACACCCAUCAGCAUGUACUCCCAGGAUGCCAUCAUGGACGCCAUUGCUGGACAGGCCCAGGCCCAGGGCAGUGACUUCAGUGGGAGCCUUCCUAUUAAAGACCUUACGGUGGACAGCGCCUCUCCCGUGUACCAGGCGGUGAUUAAGAACCAGAACAAGCCAGAAGAUGAGGCUGAUGAGUGGGCCCGCCGCUCCUCCAACCUGCAGUCUCGCUCCUUCCGCAUCCUGGCCCAGAUGACAGGGACGGAAUACAUGCAAGAUCCUGACGAAGAAGCUUUGCGAAGGUCAAGGCCCCAGGCCUCUGCCUACAGUCCCGCCAAGGCGACCUCUCCGGCACCUGCCACUCAUACAUACAGUGAGGCCCCAGCUGCCCCUGCGCCCAAGCCCCGAGUUGUCACCACCGCCAGCAUCCGGCCUUCUGUCUACCAGCCAGCUCCCGCAUCUACCUACAGCCCAUCCCCAGGGGCCAAUUACAGUCCAGCUCCCUACACCCCCUCACCUACCCCUGCCUACACCCCCUCGCCCGCCCCCACCUACUCCCCUUCCCCGGCACCAACCUAUACCCCCUCGCCAGCCCCAAGCUAUAACCCUGCAUCCUCAGUGACCUACAGCGGGGGCCCUGCGGAGUCUGGCAGCCGCCCACCGUGGGUGACAGAUGACAGCUUCUCUCAGAAGUUUGCCCCUGGCAGGAGCACCACCUCCAUCAGCAAGCAGACCCUGCCCCGAGGGGCCCCUGCCUACACCCCAGCAGGGCCCCAGGUGUCCCCCCUGGCCAGGGGCAUCGUUCAGCGGGCUGAACGCUUCCCAGCCAGCAGCCGGACUCCGCUCUGUGGCCACUGCAACAACGUCAUCAGGGGCCCCUUUCUGGUAGCCAUGGGCCGUUCCUGGCACCCGGAGGAGUUUAACUGUGCCUACUGCAAGACCUCCCUGGCGGACGUGUGCUUCGUGGAGGAGCAGAGCAACGUUUACUGCGAGCGCUGUUAUGAGCAGUUCUUUGCCCCAGUCUGUGCCAAAUGCAACACGAAAAUCAUGGGGGAAGUGAUGCAUGCCCUGAGACAGACAUGGCACACCACCUGCUUUGUCUGCGCAGCCUGCAAAAAGCCCUUUGGGAAUAGCCUCUUCCACAUGGAAGAUGGGGAGCCCUACUGCGAGAAAGACUACGUCAAUCUGUUCAGCACCAAGUGUCAUGGCUGUGAUUUCCCUGUGGAGGCUGGAGACAAGUUUAUUGAAGCCCUGGGCCACACCUGGCAUGACACCUGCUUCAUCUGUGCGGUCUGCCACGUGAAUCUGGAGGGGCAGCCAUUCUACUCCAAGAAGGACAAACCCCUGUGCAAGAAGCACGCACACGCCAUCAAUGUGUAGAGAGCCCGGAGCGUCUGACGCGGACAGGCCGGGAGCUGCUCCUGCUGCUGGCGACAAAGGAUUCAAGGAGGCUGAUGUUUCUUUUUGGGGGGAAAGGGGGAAGACAGGAAGCUACUGAGCCCUUUUGAAGUGUAAUUUUAGUCCUUCCUUCUGCACACAGAUCGUGUAUUUGCAUAGUUCAGACUAGAAGCCAAACGAAGAUUCCUAAACCAAGCUAGUAAUUAAUCCAAGGCUGGAGUUGUAAUUCAGACGUUCAGGACAGAAUUCCAAGAACUCUAAAGUGAAAAACAAAAAGUCAUCUUCUUGAAGUGAUACACUUUCCCGAGGUCACUAGAGCAGGGACAGAGCUCAGAGCAGUUAUGGAGAAUCUGAAACGUUCUGUGGAGUUCUCUGGCAAACAGAAUGAAGUGCCAAGCAGUGCUUGCUGCGGGGUAUUUUUAGAGCCAUAGCUGAGGGCUUGUUAGCUAAGACCGAUUGGGCUUUCCUCACCAAAAAAGGAAGUGUUAUUCUAUUACUAGCGUCAUGGAGCUACCUCUGAGCAUCAGACUUCUUCAGACCUUGAGCAGAGUUGAGCGUGCUGAGGGAGUCCAGGCGUCUACGAGGUGUUUUCUGGGAGCCGCUGGGCAGCUGACAGGGCUUCAGGAAGGGCUCUGGCUCAUGCUGCAGACAGCUGAGAAAAGAAGGGCCCUUCAGCCACCUUCUUUCCGUCUAAAACAUCCUAUGUCCCUAGAAGGUUUAGCUCUUUUUUGAAUUUUGAUGGGAAAGUGUAAUUGGGUUUUUCCAGUUUUGCUCUGCUGUGUGUGAGAGGAGGUUUUAAAGCGACUCCGGGUUGUGUCGAGCCUUUGUUUUGCUUCAUGAAGUUCGUGAGCAUGAAUGUUCGGUCUUGUGCAUGUAUUUCACUCCCGAUCCCGUGACUGCUCACUUAUGAAGUCUUCCUCAGCACCCCUUCCCCCAACAGGCUUAAUGACCUGUGGACAAGAAGGGAGAGACAGUGUCUGAAACAGGAUGGCAGGAUGGGCUGAGAACACGCCCAAACUCUGGAUGGGGAGGAGGAACCUUGCGUUCUGCCAGCCUCAGUAAAAACGCAAGUGUUGGUAGGACCUCCCACCUCCGAGCUGCGCCGUCCUUCACAAAUGUUCCUUUAAGUGCAGCACACUGAUUAUGUACAGUUGUGUUGACUGCUGGAAGGGAAAGAUGGACCGAUACGUACUCAUUUGCCAUUUUGGCCGACGUUUUGAAAAUGUAGGAGCUGAGUUGAUCUAGCAAUUAUUGAAAUGUUUAUUGAAAUAGUCUUGAGUCUUCAAACUUCUUUCAAAUGUUGGUGAUAGUUUGAGUUAAGUAAGCAUUUUAAAGCUGUCGGGUGAUAAAGAGAGAAGCUUGUUAGUUUCUGAGGUUAGAAACGGUACCUUCUCUUUCCCUUUAGGAUGCACUGUUAUUACGCUCAUUGAACAAGGCAUUUAAGUAGGCAGUUUGACCGGGUGUUUCUCACUUGCACACAAUCCUUAGGCACUCUUCCAACUCACUGCUACUUUCUCCUCUCUCCUGUUUUGGAUUUUCUCUUUGCAUGUUUUAUGAGAAUGCAUUAGAACACUUUUUCUUCUGAGAACUGAGGCUUCCAGGGGACUGCCUUUCUACCAGUGUGUCCCUUCUCCCUGAGGGAGAGAGAAACAGCAGGAUGCAUCCCUAGCAGGAGGCCCGUGUUUUUUCCCAAGGGUGAAGCCAUGUCCCCGAGGGAGCACCAGGAGGGACGUGAACGUGCUCCUACCACAGGGCCCUCCUUUUCUUCUGUGGUGCCUUAAGAAAGUGAAUCUAAAAAGUACCAGACAGUCAAAUCUGUUGGGAGUGACUGGAGAUUUUUCAGGAGUUGCCAACAAGUACCCUGGAGCUUUCUGUUAUUUUGGGAAAGUUCAAAUAUACAGGGAUAAGGAGGUUGCUGACUGUACGGAAAAGCUCUAGACAGGUUUUCUUUAAAAAACAAAAACAAAAACAAAAACAAAAACAAAACAACACAUUUUUAGGGACUGGUCUCGAGGAAAGGAAAAAAAAUGUUCCCUAGAGUUUAGAGUUUUUUAAAAGGGUUUACACGUGUGCGCGCAAACACACACACACACACACACACACACACACACACACACACGUGAUCACUACAAAGUACAUGAUCAUUAAACAGAAAAGUGACGCAUCUCAGAGGACAACUUCAUCAUUCAGAGGAGGUCAUUGAUCGAAUCGGUUUUUCUACAUCUCAGAGCUAGUGUAGAUUCUGAGGGACUCUUAUUUACCAAACACACAAAACAAAUAUAAAACCAUUUUAAAGGUAGCAGAAAAAGAAGGUAGUUUUGAAUAUGGUUCCCUCGGUGUUUGUGAGUUUGGCGUAACUUUGGGGCUAAGGUGGUAUCUAUUUGAAGUUAAUAUCAUAGAUGUACUACAACAUCAAUUUUUAAUACUUCCUGGUGGGGAGUACACUUUGGAUCUACGGUUUUUGUCUCUUCAUUGUUGACAUUUAUUUAAGCCUUAUAAACAUUAACUUUUUGCAAUGGAGUGACUUGUGUCUGCAGUGUUUGUGUUAGGAAUCUAGCUUGUAUAAUGUUAACUUUUCAACCCAGGUACUCUUGCUUUGGGAUUUUUUUUAAUUUUAAGAUUUCAAAAUCUUCAAUGGUGGAAUGUAGUGUGUUCGAGGUGUGUGCACAAAAAUAUUUUGCAUGUUUGGGGUUGUUUUUUUUUUGGCCGGUGUGAAUUCUACUUUUUAGCACAAUAAAAUCCCAAAAAAGAAUGUAUAAGUACA